AUCCUGGGAUUUCUUUUCGGUUUGACUUCUCUCUUAGAACACAGUUCCUCCUUUCAUGGCUGCCCCCACCACUCCCGCUAUAUCCUUUUAUUGCAUAAAAGCAUCGUCUCUGAACCCACGCUUCUCCUCUCUCUCUCUCUCUCUCUCUCUCUCUCUAGAUUACGAACAGAAUGAAAAAUCAAGCUACUUCUCUGUCUCUCUCAUGAUGAAACCCUAAUUCUGUACACAAACACAUAUAUUAAAGAAGAAGAAGAAGAACAAGCAGGUUUUCUGAAUUACUGAGAAAUAUUAUAUCCAUAUCCGAUUGCUGGUUGAUGUCUUUGCUGCUGAUAAAGAAGAGUGGUGGAAGAAUAUCAGCUGUUUAAUGGAAGCCGUGGGUCUCGUCUGAAAGCUCGAAGCUUUUUUAAUCGGGAAUUCUAAGCUGCAACUAAUUGCUAAGAAAAAAUGGACUCCGGCAACAGCGGCAGCCUCCAGUCCUCCAGCGGCGGCGGCGGCGACGAGGAGUUCGAUUCACACGCCGCCGACUCCUUCAUCAUAACUUCCCACGCCGGCGGCCUCCCCAUCUCGCCGCCGGCGUUCGAUCCGAUUUCCAGCUAUAUGCAGUUCGGCGGGCAAAACCCGAAUCCAUUAUUCCUCAAUCCAAACGUCAUAUGGAGCGGACCCGGACCCGUGAGAUCCGACCCGAUCCCGAGCGGUCCGCAUGAAUUCAAUCACAACCUGUUGCAAACUGGGUCGCCCGUUUUCCAGCCACCGGCGACUACGAUCGCGGCGGAUGCUCCGGCGGCGCUGAACCCGCCGAGAAACCCGAGGAAGAGAUCCAGAGCCUCCCGGCGGGCGCCGACCACCGUCCUGACGACUGACGCCAACAAUUUCCGAGCUAUGGUCCAGGAGUUCACCGGAAUCCCGGCGCCGCCGUUCGCCAGUUCAUCUCUGCCGAGAAAUCGGUUCGAUCUCUUCGGCUCGAGAUCCGCCGCCGCGGAGCCGUCGUUCUUCCGCCGUCCCUUUCCACAUAAACCCCAAUCACCGCCGGCGCCACCGCCAUUCUUCAAUCUCCCAAACCCUAUCCUCAAUUCUCUUCUCCAAUCGACCCCCAAAUUCUUCCCUCCAAAACCAAACCUCCACGAUUCCUUUGAAGUCCCUCCCGCCGGCGCCAAAAUCGACUGCCUGGAAGACUUCUGCCUGUCCUCCGGCGGCCACACCGGCCUACCGAACCUCAUUCCCGGCGAUCAAAUCGGCGCACAUAAAAAUCCCGAUCAUUCCGCGACCUGGAAGCACAAUGACGACGUCGUCGUCAAUGGCGGGUACAGCUUCCCGACCGGGAAAUCAAACGUGGCAGCGUCGUCUUCGGCGGAGAAAGCGCCGGAAAACAUUGGCGGGAGAGAAGGUAUGAUGGAAUCAUGGAUAUGUUCAUCAGAGUAGGAAAUGAUUACGGCGGAGAAAGUGAAA